ACUGUGAGAAUCGGUAGUGUAGUGUAUUUUGUAGCGUGUGAUUUUAUCGGAAAGUUAUCAUCGAUGUAUUCCCGAUAAAACGUUUGUAAUCGAACAUAUCAUAUCUCAAUAAUGUAAUAUGCGACUUAAAACCACCGCGGAUCUCGGUUAGCAAAGUUGCAAUGUGUUCUGGUGUAAGUAGUUACUGAAGAUUGCGUUAAGAUGGGAAAAAAUCAGCCAUGGAUAACUCCGUUCAAAAAACAGUGCUUCGUGACCCUCGGCGUAUCGCUCAACAUGGCUGGCCACGGUCUGGUGAUGGGGUUCGCUGCUAUCCUAUUACCGCAAUUACGUAAACCUGACUCAAUCAUACCCAUCGAUGAUUCAUCAGGCUCUUGGAUAGAUGCAGAAGGCGGCGCUACUCGAUACCGCCCGCAUCGCCCGCCGGUAUCUUCCCCUUUCUUCCUAACCCUCGGCCGUUCGGUCUCCCCUGUCGAGGGCUUCCAUCUAGUAAGCCUCAAUCCUGGGCUUCGCACUCGUCGCUGGCAACUUCAUAAUACCAACAAUAAUGGCGAAAUACGGCAGGCGAACUGCCAACCUGGUCAGCAUAGCACCGAUGAUCGUCGGCUGGUUCUGCAUCAUCUUCGCCUCCAACAUCACAGUCCUCCUCAUCGCGCGUUUCCUCCAAGGCCUCGCUAUGGGAAUGAGCGCGACAUUGGGACCAGUCCUGAUUGGUGAAUACACCAGUCCAAACAACAGAGGAGCGUUCUUGACCACCAUAUCUUUGACCAUCGCAACUGGGGUACUUAUUGUUCACACCUUAGGGUCUUAUUUGGUCUGGCAGACUGCUGCCUUAGUCAUCGCCUGCAUAACCUUUGUGGACUUUCUUAUAGUCUUAUAUUCACCGGAAUCGCCAAGUUGGCUAGCGGACCAAGGUCGAUAUGAGGAGAGUGAAAAGGUCUUCAGAUGGUUAAGAGGGGAAGGAGAGGAAGAGGAACUACACAGGAUGAUUGAGACAAGCAUGGUGGUGAGAGAGUCGAAAACUGACGCAAAUAUUUCCCAGUCCUUUUCCAAGAGCCUGAAAGGACAGUUGGCAUAUAUUAAGACUACAAUUAAGAAGCGAGAGUUUUACAAACCUAUAUUCAUCAUGAUCCAUAUUUACACUCUCGGGCAGUGGGCGGGAGCCAAUAUUCUGGCCGCAUACACCAUCGAUAUCUUCAAUAAUGUGAUUGGCAAUGAAGCGAACGUCUCCCUCAUGGUGAUAACUCUCGACGCUCAGCGGAUCAUCUCCAACAGUGUUGCUGUGUAUGUGAUAAAGAAGGUGAAGCGGAGAACUAUGUUAUUUAUAACGGUUGGAAUAAACCUGUUCGCGUUUAUAGCUACAGCUGGUUACACUUACGCGAAGGAUCACAACAUGCUACCCUUCGAUCACCCGUCCAUUGGGAUAGCGUUGAUCCACAUUCACAUGUUCUCAAUCGCGACGGGAACCGUCCCACUGCCGUUUAUAAUUGCAGGCGAAGUGUUCCCACUGGAAUACAGAAGUUUAGCUGGCGGCUUCAGCGUUCUAUUCCUGUCGUCAAACUUGUUUAUAACUGUGAAAACAGUUCCGUAUUUAUUCAGAAACGUUGGCAUCCAUGGUGCAUACUUAAUUUAUGCAGUUGUUGUUGCCUAUUGUUUGGUUAUAUCCUGGUGGUUCCUGCCAGAGACUAAAGACAGGACGCUUCAAGAGAUUGAGGACGAGUUUCGAGGUAGACCAAUGUCUCCAGAAGAACUAAAAUCCACUCAAUCGCUUACGUCUCUUAAGUAUAUGAACAAGGACAGAAGGUGUAGCAGUCCAGUUAUUUAACUGAUAUAAUAGACAAUUUAAUUAUGUUUAAUAUGAAAAUUUUAUAAAUAGAACGAGUCACAAUUUUCACACGUUGGAGCCAUGCUGCAGUUUUAUUACGGAUGUAGCACGAAUACCAGUGUGUGAAACAAAAUACCAGUGUGUUUCUUAUGGUGAGUCGGAAUCGGAGAUCCUUUUACUGCUAAAGAGGAAUUUCAACGUAGUCCUUUAGGGUGACAAUGCAUUUGCACUUAAAUUAUUGAUAUAGGGAUACAUAUAGAUUGUUGUCUACAGCAUCUACUUACCAUCUGGUGGAAUAUGUGCUCGUCUGUCACUUUUAAUUUUUUUAUACAAUAAAGUUUGACUCUAGAUGCGACGACAUUCUCAAUUCUUAGAUGGUUUUUGUAGUAGGUACUUCAGAUAUUACUUUAGAACUUUAGAUGUAUAUCACCUUAAUUUAGAAGUUUAUGAAACCAUGCAAAAAUACAAAUUUUAAUUAAUUAUAUAUUCAUCAAUUAAUUAUAAUUUAUAAACAAUCGGUGAAUCAUAACUUAAUUGACAACAUUGACAGCUCUGUGGCGCAGUGGCUUAGCAAUGAGUUGUUGCGCUGGGGGCCGAGGGUUCAAAUCCCGCACGGAACAAGUAUUUGUAUGGCCUACAAAUAAUUGUUCCGGGUCUGGAUGUUUGUCCUCGUGCAAUCUAUGUGUGUAAACUGCCUCCACGAUACAGGAGAAAAUCCUAGUGUGGGGGUAAUGUUUAAAAAAAAACAAAACAAACAAAACAAACUCUGUAAUUAAUAAAUAUUUUAAUUUAUGUAUAUAUAUAUCAAGAUAUAAUAAUUAUAAUUGUUAUUAAUGCCUAUAUCAAGUUUUUGUCAUUGCGUUAUUUACUAAUUUAAAAAUACUUAAACAUAAAAUGUUUAGAAUAAUAUAACAAAAUACCUCAUCAUUUGUUAUUGUGAUAUUUAUUUCAAUUUAUUUUUAUAACAUUUAGUUCACAUCAGUAGAACGGAAUACAGAACUCAGAAAACAGUAAAUCUUAGUUCUGUUCUGAGGUUCCGUGGGUACAGUGACUUGUAUUAUAGUUUUAUUAUCAUAGUUUAUAUUAUACUAGCCAUUUCCUGCUUCGAAAUUAUUACGAUUGGAUUUCAUGGCUUUUAAUUUUUUUUUCGCGGAAUCCUAAUUCUUUUUCCAAAAUAAAAGUAGGCUAAGUUAAUCCUUAUAAUAUCAGCUAUCCGCCAGUGAAAGUCCCUUCAAAAUCGGUCUAGCCAUUACGGAGAUUAGCCGGACAAACAGACUGAGAGACAGACAAAAAUUAAAAAAAUUGUUUUUGUGUUAUGAGUAUCGUAUAUACUUUCAUAUACUUUGACAUUACAAACAGACACUUCAGUUUUAUUUUUUUGUAUAGUAUAGAUUGGCUUUGUUUAAGGGGACAAUGAAAUCACAGAAGUGAUUCAACACAACAUUUUUAUUAAUAUUUACAUCAAUUUAAAAAUUGUAUAACACGUAAAUUAUAAUUUGACGUCACAGUAAUUAAAUUAAAAAGUUU